AUUCAGUCGUUUUCUGGACUUGGUGUAAACCAGUUGGAAGUUGCAAAGAGCUGCUCAGCUGCUAUUUUAACUGUGUUUUCAUCUCUCUUACUCGUGUGUGCCUCUUUUUCCACCUCAAUUUUCUGUCCACCCUCUCUUUUGCAAAUUUUGCGCGCAUGCAUUAUUUAGGGGAAAAUUCUCAGUGAUCUUCUGCACACUCUGUACUAUAUUGAAUUCUAUUCGGCUUUUCACGUGAUUCACACAACACUCCGAGAGGGUUAGAAAAUUCAUUGACGGGAAGUGAAUCCGAUAAAAUAGUGCGAAGCCAGAGAUCUUUUUAUCUUAUUUCAACCACGAGCGACCGUAGAAAAUUAACCAGUUUCGAUUAUCAUCGCACAGUUUUAGAGAAUAUUAAACUUUACCUCUAAUUAAUGUGUGGUGUCUAAUCGAUUAUUUCCAUUUCUUCUCUUCUUUUGCAAACUCCUCGGCCGAUAAAAGAGCGCAAAAAGCGUUGAGGAUCAAGUGUUUCUAAGGAGAAAUAGAGACGAUCGAACGUCUUUGAUAAGAAAGUGUGCCGUUAAUAAGUUGUGAAGUUUUUUUUGGUGUGAACACACGCAAACAUGGCGAGUUCAAAGGACAAGAAUAAUGGCAUGAGUCAAGUGACUUAUGAGUUUCCCUACAUGCGCCAACCGGAGAAGAAGAGCCUCGCGAAAUUCAUCUACAACAGCGAGGCGGGGACUUUUAUGGAAAGGACACCAACGAGUUGGGCCAAAAUCCUCGUCUUCUAUGCCAUCUUCUACACAGUAUUAGCGGCUCUGUUUGCUAUCUGCCUCCAAGUCCUCUUCUACACACUCACCUAUGAGUAUCCCAAGUGGCAGCUGGACAGAUCACUCAUCGGCACUAAUCCUGGCGUGGGCUUCCGGCCCAUCUCCGAAGACACCACGCAGGGAUCGCUCAUUUGGUACAAGGCAUCCGAUCCGGCCAGCAUAAAGCCGUGGACUGACCUUCUCGAUGACUACCUGGCUCCCUACCGGAACAAGACUCAACUGGCUGGAGGAGGCAAGAACCAGGAGAUCUGCGACUACAACUCACCACCGAAGCCGGGCCGCGUCUGUGCCGUGGACAUGUCGGAUUGGGGCGAAUGCACCAGCGAGAAUGGCUAUGGCUUCAACAAAUCCGCGCCGUGCAUCUUCAUCAAGCUCAAUCGCAUCUUCAACUGGGUGCCGGACUACUAUGACGACGUGAAUGAUCUGCCGGAGGACAUGCCGGAGGAUCUGAAGGAGCACAUCGCGUCGGUGCCGGAGGAGAAGCGAAAGCAGGUGUGGAUUUCGUGUCAGGGUGAGCAUCCGUCCGAUCGCGAGUCCAUCGGGCCGCUCAAGUAUAUUCCCCAGCGCGGCAUGGCCUCAUACUACUACCCAUUCACCAACAUUCCCGGCUACCUGAGUCCCCUGAUCGCCGUGCACCUCGAGCGCCCCAGCCUCAAUCGAGUGAUCAACAUUGAGUGCCGCGCAUGGGCCAAGAAUAUUCACUAUCAAGGUGGACGAGAACGAACUGGAUCGGUGCAUUUAGAGCUGAUGAUUGAUUGAGACAAUGGCAGAGAGGGAGUGUAAUAAUCUGUUUUUAGGAUCAGCUACAAAUUGACAUUUAAUGCCUUCCAAUUGCCUCCAAAUCUGCCAACCAAGAGAGAGAGAGAUAGAAGAGAACUAUUUUCAUCACUUCACAUCCCAUAAAUUUCCCCUCUUUAAUUGAAAUGCGCGCUCGUGCGCGCGCCGAGAGCAGAUUCACUUUAUUAGUGCGGGUGACAAUUUGGAGAGGACCUCUUAAAUGGAAUGGUUAUAAUAUAAAUUUAAAGAAAAAAAUUUGAAAAGUUAGUUAAUGAAUUAUGCAAUAGAAAUUAGUCCGAUUGACUUCUCAACAAAUGAUGUAUAAAAAUCGUAAUUUCCUCCUUCGCCCCCUUUUUGAAACACAAUCUCUUGAACCACAAGAGAUGUGGAAUUAUAAUAGGUUUGAAAAAAAAAGUUGGUGGCAAAAUCUGUUGAAGAGAGAACAACUUUUUGUGUAGUGAAAUGGCUGUAAAGAAAUUUUUAAGUUAUAAUAAGUUAUAAUUAUUUAUAAAGAAGAGAUGAAAUUUGAAUAGAUUACAGUAAAUGAAAAACAACACUCUUUACUCCAUGCUAUUUUAGAGAAUUACAAGAAAUCCUCAAUAUCAA